AUGAUGGAUGUGUUUUUCUCAAAGGAUAGUAUAGGUCAAGAUCACGGAAAUAAUACCUUCCUUUCAUACUUUGUUCAUAAGUAUCUAGGCAUAUCUGGGGUCAUCGCAUGUCUGCGGAACGUCGGCGAGAUUCUCUCCUGUUUGCCAAGUGCACCAGAAGCGAAAGCAUUCAAAAGAGAAAUUGAAGAGAUAAUAAGUGAAAGGCGGAUGAAGGCAGCGCCCCAGAAAGAUUUUAUCCACCAUUUCAUUACCAGUGGCCCAGCAGGAUGGCAAUGUACCCAUGAGGAAGUCAUCUCGAAUGCCCAGGUAGCAGUGAUCGGCGGUUCCGACACGGCAUUGGUCACAAUGAACCAAACGCUGCGCUUUCUAGCCACAAACCCAGCAGUGCAAGCGAAGCUCAGAGCGGAACUAGAUACCAUAUCGAAUACAGGCGGAGAAUUGACAGUCGAAUCAACCCGCAAGCUUCCCUAUCUCAAUGGAGUCCUAAACGAGGGUCUCAGACUAGGGAACCCAGCUCCUAUCGGGAUACCCGUGAAGACACCCCCUGGUGGUCUUCAGUUUGGGGAGACGUAUAUUCCUGGGAACGUCGAGGUAAAAGUUCCCUUUCGGAUUACGUUGACUGACUCUCGAUGGUUCCCCAAGGGGGAUCGCUUUAUCCCAGAGCGCUGGACUGGGGAAAUGCCGGAGCUGGUUCGCGAUCGUCGAGCCUUCACUCCCUUUGGCUAUGGCGUGCACUCGUGCGUCGGGAAGCAGCUGGUUACGAAUGAGUUGAAGAUUCUUAUCGCGAAGACAGUUCAUGAAUUCAACAUCUUGCCAGGGGAUCAAUAUGAUGAGGAUAAGUUCGUUGAAGGAACAAAGGAGUACAUGGGUGCUCUGCUCCCGUCGCUGUACUUGAAGUUUGUUCCUAGGGUGGAGGGGAAACGUGCAAGUAGCUAA